CAUUCAUAUAAUAACUUAAGCAAGUCAGCAGAAAAGCCCCUGCCCACUCGACUCGACCGAUCUUCACUCGCGAUGGACUAUGCCAUUCCUCGGGAGACCUUCUGGAGGACCGCCUCUAGAAUCACGGUUUCAGCACACAUCUUCGGUAUCUUAGCAAAUAUCCUUAUGCUUGUUUGGUUGUUGCAUUAUCGUGAAGGCCUCGAUCUUGAUUCAGCCAAUCCAUACCGUGUAUUCAAUGUCCACCCUUUCCUUAUGUUCUUUGGAUUCAUCUUCCUCAGUGGUGAAGCGAUGAUGGCAUACAAGACGGUAGUAGCAGAUCGGAUAACACAGAAGUUCGUACAUGGGUUCUUGAACCUCUCGGCUCUCGUUUUGGGCAUCGUGGGGAUACAUGCAGCAUUCAAGUUCCAUAAUAAGGCGAAUAUAGUCGAUAUGUACAGCUUGCAUUCUUGGAUUGGCAUUGGCACAUUCUGUAUUUUCAUCUUGCAGUGGUUAUUCGGGUUCAGUCUAUUUGUAUUUCCAAAAGCAUCGGCGGUGACAAGAGCAAGGCUAUCGCCAUGGCACGUGUUCGGAGGAAGAACGUUGUUAUACAUGGCGAUAUGUGCAGCGGAAACCGGACUGAUGCAGAAAUUUACAUUCAUGCAGCUCACCAACAACAGAGAGAGUUAUUUGAUCAACUUCCUUGCUUUGGCCAUCCUUUUAUUUGGGAUUACGGUUGAUCUUUCGGUCUCUCUUGGUCGUUACACUUGACUUGAGUAACACGUUAUAUAUCGUUUGAUCGAAUCUUUUCAUUGGAUUUCGUACGUAGUAUGUGAAAAGAAUUUCAUUUGUAAGAAAGAUUAAUUGGUUGGUUUUUGGAUCACUUGAAUAUAUACUGUGACUCCCAUUGUUGCUC